AUGUCUUCCAGAGCUGAGGAAGGGACUCACAGGCAUGAAGGGCACGUCACCAAAACGAAACGCUCCCGCGAAGAGAUGACUGGGAAUGAAGAGACUGAUCAGGAGCCCAACAACGGCUCUGCCGCGGUGGGUCGGCCGUUCUCUGAGUUUAAUCUUUCCAGCGGGAUGGUGAAGGCACUGGAGGCUCAAGGUAUUGUUUCGCUGUUUCCCGUGCAGGCACUAACAUUCGAAGCUAUUAUGCGUGGUGAAGAUGUCCUUGUGCAGGCGCGUACAGGAAGUGGCAAAACACUUGCUUUCGGUAUUCCCAUCGUUGAGAAACUGAACAAGAAGGAGGGACCGCUGGCGCGUGGGCGCGGUCCUGCGGCGGUAAUAUUUUGCCCGACUCGUGAACUUGCCAUUCAAGUGCGUGACGUGCUCGCAGGUGUUAGCGGGGACCUCGUGGUUGCUGCACUUUAUGGUGGUGUUGCCUACAGUACCCAGGAGCGUGUGCUGUUCAGCGGCGUUGACAUUGUUGUGGCCACACCCGGUCGUGCAAAGGAUUUCCUCGAGAAAGGUACGCUGCACUUUGAGCGUGUGAAGAUGGUUUGUUUGGACGAGGCUGACCACAUGCUGGAUAUUGGCUUCAAGGAGGAUAUUGAACUGUUACUACAGCGAGUCGCAGAACAGAACGGUUCGACUCCUGAUGAACCAAAACACCAGACGUUGCUCUUUUCGGCCACGGUCCCAGACUGGGUCCACACGUGCUCAUUCAUUUCCAAGAACAAAAAGUUUAUUGAUAUGGUCGGGCAAGGCGCAAUGCGUGCGGCAAACACCAUCCGAUUCUAUCGCCGUAAGUGUGGCUUUGCUGAGGUUUCCAGCAUGUUGGCAGACUUAGUGAAGGUGUACAGUGGGCGGCAUGGCCGGACACUCAUUUUUACCAACACCAAGAAGGACUGCCAUGACCUUUCCAUCAACAAUACAAAGUUGGAUUCUCAGUGCCUUCACGGUGAUAUGCAACAAGAGCAGCGGGAGAGCACGAUGAAAAGCUUCCGUGACAACAAGUUUAGCGUUCUGAUAGCCACUGAUGUGGCUGCCCGUGGCUUGGAUCUCCCCAUGGUGGACCUUGUCAUUCAGUGCGCACCGCCUACAGACAUUGAUGCCUUUAUUCACCGCGCUGGCAGGACAGGACGUGCUGGCCGCAAAGGUGUCUGUGUGCUCCUUCACCAGCCGAAGGAUGAAUAUGUUGUGGAGCGCAUUGAGCGCCACGCCAAAAUUAAGUUCGAGGUUUUACCCGCGCCGACGCGGGAGGAGAUUCUUAAGGCAGUGGCGCGCGAUGCUGCGGAAGACAUGGCACGCGUGGAGCGAAGCGCGACAAAUCUUUUUAUGGAUCAGGCUGCAGAACUUCUUAAGGAUGCUGACCCAACCGAGAUUCUUGCUUCAGCUAUUGCCGUCAUGAGUGGAUAUACCAGCAGUAUCACAAAGCGUGGCCUCAUCAGCGGGGCAAGGGGCUCCGCAACAGUGCAGAUGUUGGGUCAGCGGAGUUUACCUACGCAUGUGUUUUGCAGCAUAUUGCGCAACAACCUCGGGGACGAAUUGUUUAUGCGUUGCCGCGAUAUAACACUCCUGCAGGACGCUCCGGGUUGUGUAUUUGACGUGCCUGAGGAUGUAGUGGACCGCAUACUAAACACUCCAGUGCAAGGCAUGGAAUUGAGCGUCAUCGAAACGCUUCCUCCAAUUAUUGCCCGAGAGCUGAACAGCGGUAGUCGCGGAAACCGUGGUGGAGGUGGUGGUGGUGGCGGGUACCGUGGCGGGCCACGGGGCGGCGGAUAUAAUCAAUACAACCGUAAUGGUGGCGGCGGCGGUGGUGGCGGUGGAAGGAGUUGGGGUUCCGGCUACCGGUCGACUCAAAGGCGUUAUUAG